GUUAAUUGGUAUCUGAUUAAACAGACAUUUGAAUUAGAGUUUAUUUAAUAACAAUCAAGAAAUUUGAUUGCACAAAACCGUCCACAUGUCUAGCAAUACUGGUGAUUGUAUUUUUUGUAAAAUCAUUGCUGGCCAAGCACCCUGUGAAAUGAUAUACCAGGACGACGUGGUAAUCUGCAUUAAAGAUAUCAAGCCAGCUUCCACGUAUCAUUACUUAAUCAUACCCAAACGUCACAUAGAUAAUGCUAAAGUACUUCACGGUCCUGAAGACAAAGACAUCUUUGAGCACAUGGUCAAAGUCUUGUCAAAAAUUAGCGAGGAAAAAGGAAUUGUUUCAAGUGAGGCAAGAACAGGAUUUCAUUGGCCUCCAUUUACCUCAAUCAAUCAUUUGCACUUGCAUCUUAUAUCCCCUGUGGAAAACAUGAGCUUUAUUUCACGAUUGAUAUUUAGACCCAAUAGCCUUUGGUUUGUCAGUGUGGAUUACGUGAGAUCUCGAUUUGACAAUUCAAGUUGAUGCUGUGAUUACCUAGCAACAUUACUUUCAAUUUUUCGGGUGGAAGUUUCAAAUAAGCUCCACAAAAGCUGGUAGAGCAAAUUCACAACAAAAGUACAAUGGGUGGGCAAUUUACAUUAACUAGCAUUCAAUUUAGUUCUAAUAAUUUAUUUGAUACAGCUUCAACUAUAUGAAGACGAAA